AAGCUGGUCAAAGUUGCGGAAAGUUGAAGUCUAUCCGUAUCUAAUGCUUUUCCUGGCAGUAGCAGCAGAAGAACAGAGGGAACAGGCAGCAUCCCGGGGGCGGAGGGAAGGAAAGAAAGAAAGAAAGAAAGAAAGAAAGAGAGGGAGGCAGAAGAAGGGUGAAGAGUGAACAACUGAAACAGCUUAACUUCUUCAGAUUUGGAAAUGGACACGAAAAGAAAUGACACGAGUGGGCUCAUUCACAAGCAGGAUGAUGAGAGGAACUUUAUACUAACACCCCAUAGUAAGGAUCCUGAUGAAGGAGGUACAAGCACGAUGACCGCUGCCUCUUUUAAUUUCAUCAACUCGAUUAUUGGAUCCGGGCUUAUUGGCCUCCCGUACUCAAUGGCACAGGCCGGCCUUCCACUGGGACUUCUGUUGCUCUUUCUGGUUGCUUAUAUUACAGACUAUUCCAUCAUCUUGUUGAUAAAAGGAGGGAACCUGUCAGGGACGCACAGUUAUCAAUCAUUAGUGCACAGAACAUUUGGCUUUGCCGGAUUUCUGAUCCUAUCAGUACUUCAGUUCCUGUAUCCAUUCAUUGCUAUGAUAAGCUACAACAUUAUCACUGGAGAUACUAUGACCAAAGUGUUUCAGAGAAUACCAGGAGUUGGGGCUGGCCACCUUCUGGCAAACAGACACUUUGUCAUCUUGCUCUCCACCAUUCUCUUCACAAUUCCUCUGUCACUGUACAGAGAUGUAGCUAAACUGGGGAAGGUGUCGCUAGUGUCUAUGCUGUUGACUCUGGCCAUUGUCAUCAUGGUAAUUGUGAGGGCCGCAACGUUGGGACCACAAAUCCCCCCUUCUGAGGAUGCAUGGGUGUUUGCACGCUGGAAUGCAAUUCAAGCAAUUGGUGUGAUGUCUUUUGCCUUCAUCUGCCACCACAACAGUUUCAUUAUCUAUGAGUCGCUACAGGAGCCCACUCUGAGGAACUGGUUACGCAUCACACACAUGUCUGUGGGCUCAGCAGCCCUCAUCAGUGCGAUAUUUGCUACUGCUGGCUAUGCUACUUUUACAGGAUACACGCAAGGUGAUAUAUUUGAAAACUACUGCAAGAAUGAUAACUUGGCCACAUUUGGUCGAUUGUGCUAUGGCCUCAGUAUAAUCACCACUUUCCCUUUAGAGUGCUUUGUGACGAGAGAGGUGGUGUCAAAUGUCUUUUUUAAUGGACUACUUAGCAACACUGCCCACGUCAUGGUUACCGUGGUGAUAAUAUCAGUAGUUACUGUGAUUUCCCUCUCUUAUGACUGUCUGGGUGUUGUGUUGGAGUUGAAUGGUGUGCUGAGUGCCACACCUCUGAUCUUCAUCGUUCCCUCUGCCUGUUUUCUGAAACUCUCCAGUGGCCGCUGGUUUCAGAGGAAGAAGCUUAUUCCAAGUCUGAUUCUCAUUGCUGGGGUUUUUGUCAUGAUCAUUGGUUUGGUUAUGACAGGACUGUUUCCUCAGGACUGCUCACAUGGAGUAGAGAUGUUCUACUGCACAAAUUUGAGCUCCUCCAUUUUUACCACUACCCCAGCCAGUGCCAUGCUGCAGAUUACAAAUGUUACUCAGAACAUCAACCUUUUCUAAAUGAAAACUGGGCUUUGACCUGUCAGUUUGAUUAUCUUGUUAUUUUAUGUGAUUUUAUGAUGUUAUUACUGUUCUCUAUGAACUUAAAAACAUAGUACUUUGAGAAUGUAAUAAAAUAUAUGGAAUGUAGGUUGUAAUUCAUUAGGUUGUAAUUUAUCCAUUUUCACAUGGGUGAAAUUACCAUUCUUCUACCAUUUCUCACUCUUUGGCACUGUUUUCAUUCCUUCAACCUUGUGCUGGAUAUCUAUUAUAAUUUCUAAAUGCAAAACAUUAUGGUACUUCUGUGUAAAGUAAGUACAGUAAAAAACUGUACUGUACUCUGUCAUAUGCCGUCGAGGGCCCAGAUGUGUUAUGUUUCUGCCACAAGGUGUCGCCAUACAGACAUAAGUAGAAGGAGUUUUUGUCUAUAAAACAUCAUACCACCUCAAAUCUCUGUCUGCUCAAACCUGCCUGUAAAAUACAUCAGAGUAUUUGGGGUUAACUGAUAUCAGAGGAACAUAACUUCAUCAUAUAAACUCCUACAUUCCUGUC